AGCAUAUCCCACUCAAAGUCCACCACACAUGACCCAUCUCCUCAGAAAAAUCUCUCCCGAACUUCAACUCAGGGACAAAACCACAAGUUUUCGGCACCACUGAACUGAAUUGUUCUUUUUCGGCAAUUUCUUCUGGUACCCUUUAUCCUCUGAUACUAGAAAGAAGAAGAAGAAAUGGCAUGUGCAUCACGGGCUAUGAUAACAGCCAAUACAUGCACAUUCACUUCUCCAAGAUUUUUCAAGAAAUACCAAACCUUUAAUAGGAGAAGUCUCAAGCUUUUCACUAUCAGAGCUGAAACUGAUGAUGCUGAUUGCAAUGAUGAAGAAUGUGCUCCUGAUAAGGAGGUUGGGAAGGUAAGUAUGGAAUGGUUGGCUGGAGACAAAACCAAGGUGGCUGGGACAUUUCCACCACGAACUCGUGGCUGGACAGGGUAUGUUGAGAAGGAUACUGCUGGUCAGACAAAUAUUUACUCUGUUGAGCCUGUAGUAUAUGUUGCAGAAAGUGCAAUAAGCUCAGGAACUGCAGGUUCUUCUGCCGAUGGAGCUGAAAACACAGCAGCAAUAGCUGCCGGCAUUGCCCUGAUCAGUGUAGCUGCAGCUUCAUCAAUUCUCCUCCAAGUUGGGAAGACCCCAGCCGAGAUAAAGACAGUAGAAUACUCUGGACCAUCACUCACUUACUACAUCAACAAAUUCAAACCAGCAGAAAUAGUUCAAGCUGCUCUGCCAAGCCAAACUGAAUCCUCCCCUUCGAUACAACUACCACCAGAAAGCUCUGCACCAGAAGUUUCCCAGAUACAGGUUCAAUCCCAAGUUCAGCCUGAGCCUGCCACUUCAAGUGAAAACAGUGUCUCUUAGGCUAGUUAAGAUCUCCAGAAUUCUAGAAACUUGUAGAUUUUCCUAUAAUACCAGUGAUGUAUACUAAAUUUGAGGUUUAUAUUGCAAGAACCACAAGAAAAUGAAGGGCAACAGGGUUUUGGUUGAGCUGAAAAGGUACCAUGCUUCCUGUGCUGUACGUUAAAAGUUUUCUAACUUAAUAUUUGCUAUGUUUACUGCCCUAUUGGUGGGUUAAUGUCUAUAUUUUCUUAA